GGGCUGCGGAGGAGCCGCUCACAGAUCCGAGGAGCUCUGCACCGGGAAAAGUUUACUUCUGAGUACCACGGACCACCCAAAGGAGGGAGAACCCGCAGAGAUGGCAACCCAGGCGGAGCAGCUGCCCCACCUGCACCUGGCUGAGCUCACCGCGGCGCAGUUCAUCGACAUCUGGAAACAUUUUGACACAGACGGAAACGGCUACAUAGAGGGGAAGGAGCUGGAGCGCUUCUUCACAGAGCUGGAGACUGCGAGGCGAGGAGCCGGAGUGGAUCCCUCACAUGCUUUGUUCAAGGAGAAGUUGAAGGAGUUCAUGGCAAAUUUUGACAAGAACUCUGAUGGUAGAAUUGAGAUGUCUGAGCUGGUCCAGAUUCUGCCGACGGAGGAAAACUUCCUGAUCUGUUUCAGAGAGUUUGUGAGAUCCAGUGCUGAAUUCAUGGAUGCUUGGCGGAGAUAUGACACUGAUCGUAGCGGAUACAUUGAGUCCAAUGAGCUGAAGGGUUUCUUGUCGGACCUGCUGAAGAAGGCCAACAGAGACUACGAUGACAAGAAGCUCAACGAGUACACACAGACAAUCCUACGGAUGUUUGACCUGAAUGGUGAUGGUAAGCUGGGCCUCUCUGAGAUGGCGAGGCUUCUGCCGGUCCAGGAGAACUUCCUGCUCAAGUUUGAGGGCAUCAGACUCACCGUCAAGGAGUUCGACUCUCUCUUCACUUUCUAUGAUAAGGACGGUAACGGCUACAUUGAUGAGCAGGAGCUGGAUGCUCUGCUGAAGGACCUCUGUGACAAGAACAAAAUGGACUUGGACUCAACCGGGCUGGUGGACUACAAAAAGAGCAUCAUGGCUCUGGCUGACGGAGGGAAACUGUACCGCACUGAGAUGGAGAUCGUCCUGUGCCGGGACUCCACGCUGUGACUCCACGCUGUGACUCCACGCUGUGACCCGCCUGCCCGUCUCCUGCCUGCCUGCUCAGGACCCUCCUGUCUUCCUGCACCGCUUCCUCCUUCCUAUCUCUCAAUGUAGCCUGGUGCAUGUGUGACCAGAACCAGUGCGCCUGAAAGCACAGAAAAUACCCGCUGACUUUCUUUUCUUCAUCAAAGUAAAGCUGCUUAUUGAGAUUUAAAUGGCAAGUGAAGAAUCUGGUGUAUUAUGCAUUUGUACUUUUAACUUAAUCACAUACGUUCCCUGUAGUUAUAGAGAAGGAACUCUGUUCUGUGGCAUCUCAUCGCUUUGUUUGUUUUCAGGUUAUUUUGUAAUAAUGUUCUUGUUUUAUUUCAUGAGGCUGGUACUGUUCCACAGAAAUAUACAAAUGAGAGAAUAAAUAAAUGUAAUAUAAAUCCGUGA